CGCAUAUAGAACUAGAAGAGUGGACUGAAGCUUUUGCUCUUUGAAACCCCGGCCGGUGAAUCUGAGAAUUUGUCUGGUGAGCUCUUGAUUCCGAAUCCGAGAACCGAUCCUUCGCUGCCUAGCUCGAUAUGUCGGACUCCACGGCUGCCGCGGCCGAUGGCGCCGCCCGGUCUGCCGCCAACCCAGCGCCGGCGGAGAGCAAGGCGGCCGCGCCGGAGCAGAAGCGGUUGUGGGGCGACGAAGCCGAGGAAGAGGAGGAGGAGCAGGGCGCGCCUUCCAACUCCGAAGGUAAGGCUGCGGCGGAGCUCGAUGUUGAGUCUCUGACCAUCGGCGAACAGAAGAAGAUCAACAAGUUCCUCGACGAACCUGAGGACUCUAACAUCAAAGCUGUUACAUUGGGUGAUACGCCGUACACUUCGGCCAGUACUUUUGAGGACUUGAAUCUAUCCCCGGAGCUGCUCAAGGGUCUCUAUGUUGACAUGAAGUUCCAGAAGCCCAGCAAAAUUCAAGCCAUCAGUUUGCCUAUGAUCUUGACAUCUCCUUACAAAAAUUUGAUUGCUCAAGCUCAUAAUGGUUCUGGCAAGACUACUUGUUUUGUGCUUGGGAUGCUGAGCCGUGUUGAUCCAACCCUAAAUGCUCCUCAGGCACUCUGCAUUUGUCCGACCAGAGAAUUGGCUAUUCAGAAUAUGGAAGUAUUGCAAAAGAUGGGCAAGUAUACAGGGAUAACCUCGGAGGCUGCUGUGCCAAUGGACAGCUCUAAUUACCUGCCUAUUACAAAACGACCACCGGUUACAGCACAAGUUGUGAUAGGGACUCCUGGCACUAUAAAGAAAUGGAUGUCGGCAAAGAAAUUAAGUGGCACUUUUAUAAAGAUCCUCGUUUUUGAUGAAGCCGACCAUAUGUUGGCUGAGGAUGGCUUUAAGGAUGAUUCACUAAGGAUUAUGAAGGAUAUCGAGCGAGUUAAUUCCAAGUGCCAGGUCCUUCUCUUUUCUGCGACCUUCAACGACACCGUCAAAAAUUUUGUAACAAGGAUAAUGAAAGACUACAACCAACUCUUUGUAAAGAAAGAAGAACUCUCUUUAGAGUCGGUGAAGCAGUAUAAGGUCAAUUGCCCUGAUGAACUUGCAAAGGUUCUUGUGAUCAAGGACAGGAUUUUUGAAUUCGGAGAGAAACUGGGCCAGACAAUUAUAUUUGUGCGCACAAGAAACAGUGCGAGUAUGUUGCACAAGGCGCUGGUUGGCUUUGGCUACGAAGUAACCACUAUACAAGGUGCCCUCAGGCAAGAAGAUAGAGACAAGAUAGUGAAGGAGUUCAAGGAUGGUUUGACUCAAGUCCUUAUAUCUACUGAUCUUCUUGCCCGAGGCUUUGACCAACAACAGGUUAAUUUGGUCAUCAAUUAUGAUCUUCCCGUGAAGUAUGAAACGCCCAGCGAGCCUGAUUAUGAGGUGUACUUGCAUAGAAUUGGCAGAGCCGGACGGUUCGGCCGCAAAGGUGCCGUGUUCAAUUUGCUAUGUACUGAUCGGGACUGUGAGCUCAUGGUAAAAAUCGAGAAUCACUUUGCGACACCGACUGUUGAGGUUGCUCCAUGGAACAGUGAUGAAGAAUUUAAAAAGGCACUUCAAGCUGCUGGUUUGUUGUGAUUCUGCAGCGUGAUCCUUAUUUCCAUCGGUUUUUCUUUCUUCAUAUCUCUCUCUCUCUCUCUCUGUAUUUCUACGAAGAUAUCUGUAAUUUCAUGAUAUUGGACUACGAGAAUUGACUGGUCCUUGUUGGUUGUGGCAUCGAGUGUCUUUUUUGGUUCUCCUCUGUAAGUUUGCCGAGAGAAUUUCACGACUUGAUCCUGUAUGAUCCAUUGAGAAAGUAGAAAGAGAAUAUCGCUUGUACUGUGGA